ACACGUGACGCGGCGAUGUAAACACGGCGAGGAGGACGUGGCAGCGGCGGAGCGGCGGACAACACACAGCGGAAAAUACUGCAGGAACAGAGCCAGAGGAGGAAGUGAGAGACAGAAACCCGCAGAGAAAAGAAGACGGGCCCGUGAAGCGGAAUAAAGCGUGUGUGGGUCAAGAGGCAGGCCGUGUGUGCAGCAGCUGGCGGGGCAGCGAGCGAGCCAGGCCAGGCCAACCCUCCACCAUGAUGCUGAAGGCCGUCAUCCUCAUCGGCGGGCCGCAGAAGGGCACUCGGUUUCGGCCGCUGUCCCUUGACGUGCCCAAGCCACUGUUCCCCGUGGCCGGCCUCCCCAUGGUCCAGCAUCACAUUGAGGCCUGCGCUGCCGUGCCGGACAUACGUGAAAUCCUCCUCCUUGGCUACUUCCCAGCACAGCAGCUGCAGCAGUUUGUGGCUGACAUGAUCGCUGAGUACAAGAUUAGGAUAAGGUACCUCCAGGAAUACCAGGCGCUCGGGACGGCCGGCGGGAUAUACCACUUCCGGGACCAGAUCAGCUCGGGCAACCCUGAUGCAUUCUUUGUCCUGAAUGGCGACGUGUGUGGUGACUUCCCGCUGCAGGAGAUGUUGGACUUUCAUACGGGCCUCGCCACACCCUCCCUCAUCACCAUCAUGGGCACGGAAGCAACGAGACAGCAGUCAAUUAUGUAUGGGUGCAUUGUGGAGGACAAGGAGACACAUCAGAUUCUUCACUACGUUGAGAAGCCAUCCACCUUCGUCUCGCCACUGAUCAACUGUGGCGUGUACAUCUGCUCCCCCGACAUCUUCAAGAGGGUCGGGGAGAUCUUCAACUCCAGGCAGGACUUCUACAGUUGUGAAGACGGGGAAGGUACGGAGAGCAUUCAGCUGGAGCAGGACAUCCUCAUGCCCAUCGCAGGCACCGGCCAGGCCUACGUGUACACUACAGACAGGUGGUGGUCGCAGAUCAAGACGGCAGGCUCGGCCAUCUACGCCAACAGACACUACCUGCAGCUGUACCACCGCACGCACCCCGCCCGCCUCGCUGCCAAUGGUGCCGGCAAGCCCAAGAUUGUCGGGGAUGUGUAUAUCCACCCCUCAGCCACGGUGGAUCAGUCGGCUGUGCUGGGGCCCAACGUCAGCGUGGGGAAGAAUGCCGUGAUUGGCGCCGGCGUGCGGAUCAGGGAGUCCAUCAUCCUCGGGAACUCCACCAUCCAGGAACACAGCUGCGUCCUCUACACUGUCGUUGGUUGGAACUCCACCGUGGGGGCGUGGACGAGGCUGGAGGGGACGCCGUGUGACCCCAACCCCAACAAGCCCUUCGCCAAGAUGGACAACGUGCCGCUCUUCAACAAUGACGGGAAGCUCAACCCAUCCAUCACAAUCCUGGGGAACAACGUGAGGGUGCUCUCAGAGGUGGUGGUGCUCAACGCCAUAGUACUCCCUCACAAGGAGCUCUCCUCUAGCACCAAGAAUGAGAUUGUUCUCUAAGUGCACUCCAGGUGUAACGUGACAGUGCCGGCGGAGGUGAUCGUGCUCAACUCCAUCGUGCUGCCGUACAAGGACCUGCCGCACAGCUACAAGAAUGAGAUCAUCCUCUGAGGCGCAGCGGAGAGUGUGCAGGAAGGGCCCUCUAGUGAUCAAGGCUAAAUGUAUGGGUCAUGACUGUGUGUGUGUGUGAAAUACAUUGUACACGGAAGUGAAUGACUGGAUCUCUUUGUUGACUGUUUUUAGUUUGUGUUUGUUAUAUUUUCUGAUGUGUUGCCUUGUUUGUUUUCACAUACGAGGCAUCUGGUGAGAGAAGGGGCUCAAGGGAGAGACAUUCUUUCGAGUCUGCACCGGAAAAGACGGACUGUAUACACAUCCCAUAAGAACAAUAUAUAAGUUGCAAGGGAAAAGCGACCCUCGUGACACCAAAUACAAGGUCACUUUUCCCUUGCAACUUGUCUUUUGUUUUUCCCGCAAUAUGUAGCCCGCCUCUUCUGGUGCAAACUAGAAAAAAUGUCUUUGUACCUUCCGCUCCUUCUCCGCUGGGUGGCUUAUGUAGUAGAUAGAUAGAUUUGUUUUUAGUAGUGGUAUUCAGGCUGGAGUAUGUAUUGGUGUGUUUGCACAGGCUGGGUUUUUCUCAUUUUAAGACCCAAAUGAGUGUAAUGAGUGUUUGUUAGUCUAUUGUCUAAGGAAUGUUACACAGUAUAUAUAUUUUUGACACGAAGCCAGUCUAUAGAGGUAUUAAACAGUUAGUCUAAGCUACCAAGGCAGAAGGGUGCAUCUUAGGUAACACAAGGUAGUGCAGUGGGAAGGAUGAGAGCUCAUUAGUUUCUGAAUAUAUAUAGUUUAUUUAUAUACUGAAAUAUACUGGCAGGCUCCAGGUGUGUUGGCAGCAGUUGUGACAAAGCUUUAAGGCAGGACAUGAUAAGUUUCAACCACCACCUUUCUUCUUGAACCAGGAAAUUCUGUUGUCACAUUUAUGCCAGUUGGUUAGAACAGUAGUGUUCUUUAAUACAUGUCAAAUGGUUAACAGUAUACACUCGUCGUGGGUCGAUGGAAUAGGAGGAGUUAAAUCUAUAGAUAUGCUGUUAUGUCGGAUGGGUUGCUACCAAUGUCUACAGUGUACCCAUUGGUGUCCAGCUAAGUGACAACAACACCAUGUCUUUAAAUUUAGCUCAAAAUCAAAAUCUAUUCCAUUGAAUCAUGAGUGUUAUAUGUUUUUUUUUUAUAACUGAACAAGAGCACAGAGACCAUCGUUCCAUGUUGCCUCAUCCUGGAUCAAGAAAUUUUAUUAUACUUUCAAAACUCACACUAGUGGUAGCUGGCCUAGGGGCAUAGUAUGUACAAUUACUGGCAACAGUAUUGAUUUACUUUAAACUAGCUGUGACUUUAUAGGUUCUCCAAGCUAAAAGUCGCACAGGGAAGGAGGAGAGGGGAGAAAAUGACUUUCCUAGACUUGCCUCUUUUCCUUUGUCACCCUCUUUCCUCCUACCUUAAGCAACCUAUACUGAAAGUGACCACCAAGGACAAGUUUGCAUUAUGAUAUAUUUCAGCAACACUACAACCAUAGCAAUAUCUUCAAGACAAAGUUUCCCUCUUUCACCAGCUUGCAGCUGUGAAAUGUUUCUCUUAUGGAUAUCAUGAAAUUAUACCUUUGAAUGUUGGACAAGAGUGUAGAAAAACAGUUAGUCACACAGUAAGCAUAUAUGGGAGAGGCAUAGCAUUUGGCUGCUACUAACAUGUUUGGAGGGUGAUAGUUGUAAAACAUAAUAGCUGACUGUGUGUUGCCAUAUCCUCAUGUCACUUGACAUGUGGGUCCUGUAAUUGACACCACUGAGUACUAGGGAUUGAACCUGGGCUUUUUGUAUAAAUGUCAAGGCAGCAAACCAAGUGAGCCACUUAUGCCGAGGCCACUUCUGCAGCACUAUAUCUUACGCCCCAGCCCUGCACUGUGGACAUGAAGGUAAAGGUGACCCUGCUCAGACUUGUGGUACUUAGAGUUGCUUUUAAUCAACCCACAAUGGCACAUGCAGUGUUUAUAUUCAUCAGAAAAACUGCAAUAAUUGUGAAAAAAAUCCAACAUUGUAACUGCACUGGGUGCAGGGGAUCAAACCUGGACUUUGAGGAAAAGUCGGGCAGCAAAGCAACUGAUGAACUAAAAGGUCAAUGCUCCAGAGGCCAUGUCUAUGGCACUCUUAAGAUGUCACCUUUACCUUAUGUCCACAGUGCGGGGCUGGGGCACCAGGUAUAGUGGCACACAAAUGGCCUCUGGCACAGUGACCUUUUGGCUCGGUUGGUUAAGCUGCCCUGACUUCUGCUCAGAGUCUGGGUUUGAUCUCUGGUACUCAGUGGUGUUACAUAAUGAGAUUUUUUCACAGUUGCUGUAGUUUCUCUGAUGAUGUGAGUGUCUGGAUGAGACAUAUCAAUUAGCAGCCACACACGGAUAAUGUCCAGCAAUUCUGAUGGAAGAAUGGCAAUUGAUACAUUAAGAGGAUCUGUAGCCAAAUACUAUGUUUCCCACAAAUAUAAUAUCACCAGACAUGUAAGCCAAGUCAUCAACCUUAACCACUUUGAUACAGGGUUACAUUUAUAGGGGCAAUACUAUAUCAUUCAAUGAAUAUUCGUAAAGCAGGGAUUGCCUGUAAAAACUAUUACUAUCCUUACAUUUGAUUGGAAUACCAAUGAGAACAUGCCAACACUACAGCCCUCCUUUGCCAAUCAGUUUGCAUGCAAGAUCUCAAGCCUAUAACCUGUCUGUAUAUGCCGGACCAACUAACCCCUCCAUGAUAUCACUAGCCUGCCACUUGGAUCUAGACCCCCAGUACCUAGCAUUUGCUAUCCCUAGAUCCCCCUUUCCCAACCCUGGGGUCGCCAAGACCUCAAAAUAUCAAACAUGGUGUUAUUACAUAAUAAGACAUAUACAACUAAACUAGUGGGGUCGCGGUCAUGUCUAGAGGUGCAUGAUUUGGGUCGCCUGAAGAAACGGUUGGGAACCACUGCCCUAGAUCAUCAACUCCAACUCCACCAGAUAUCAGCAGGGAGCAGAGUUUGAUAGUUUGGUUCACGAGUCUGUUGAUUGAAGGGGUUGAUGACUUGGCAUAAGCUGAUAUACAUUUGUUGGUGGCUGUAGUUUACCUGCAACACAGCCAACUAGUGACUUCUUACCCUGAUCUAAAAUGCCAAAAGGUCUCAUGAGGGUGUCCAAGGGGAAGGGGCAGGUGGAGAAGUGUUGAGCUGCCAACAUUACCUGAAGCAGAGAUUGACAUUAAUGGUUAUGGAGAGAUAAGAGAUGAUAGGAAAGUUGUUAACUAGCAAAGUAAGGACAAAGCUAGCUGCAGUGAUAUUUUCAGUCCAAUAAUUUCACUAGGAACUAUUGUGAACAGUUGCAGUUGUGCCAUUUUAUUUAAUUGAACAAAACUUAUAUUGUAGAGCUACAAUACACAUUACUUGCAAACUGUUUGCUAAUAAAAUAUAAAAUUCUA